GUAUUUAGGUGGUAGAGUCCGCUUGCGAUGGAGCUGGUGAGGAAAGUGGCAUAAGUUCAUUGUCGAGUUUCUUUAUAGGCUGCCAGCUACUUAUAUCAUUACUCGCAUAGUCAUUGGAUUUCCUGUUCAUCCUCGUUAUUCAAUUCUAGUCUUGUGUGUCUGACUUACCCAUCGUCAACAGCAUGAAGAGGUUCUCCGUUCUUGUCGCUGCGGCGAUUCUGCCCAGUGCUCUGGCCCAACAGUGGUCUUGCUUGUCCACUUGUACCGAAGACGUCGAUUGGAACGACCGAGACGACUGGAGGGGUCGCGGAUCGGGGGCUUUCUGUGGUGAUGAUGAUUUCAUUGAAGAUCUCACCGAAUGCAUCGCCACAUCCAAAUGCAGCGACGCGGACAAGUCUACUCUGUAUCAGACCAUCGCGCAAGGGUGUGCCAACAACGGCGUCUUCCUGCCGCAACCGCAAUACGCGUCGAUUUCCGCAACCUCCGGAGCCCCAUGGCCAACAGCCGCAUGGUCUUCCCUCGCCGAUAACUGGGCGUCAGGCUGGACCACCAAGACCGGCGCUCCCUUCCCGGGUGUCACCGGCAAGCCAAGCGGCGGUGCGCCGUGGGGCGGUCCGGGCCACUGGGGCGGAGAAUGGGGACCCUUCCUCAGCGGCGCAUGGGGCCCAUUCCGCAACGAUGGCAGCUGGACGACCGGCGCGUGGACGUCGUGGUGGAACGGCACGGCUUGCCCGUCGCCGGACUGGGCCGGCUGGACGGAGGGACCGUGGACGACGAACGCGGAGUGGACGACGUGGACGGACUGCAUCGCCACGACCACGGCGACGAGCGUGGUGACGACCACGAGCGGAAGUGCCGUGGAUACUAGCACCAGCUUUGGAGUGCGAGUCGCGCAGGCUGUCAGCACCGAUACUAGCGGUUCAGGUCUCUCGGUCACCGACGCGACACCGACUGGGGGGGCGGCAGGACGAACUCGUGCUGCUGGUGGGUUGGCCGUCGCAGCACUUGGAGCUAUAGUGCUGUUGUAGUUGUCACAUCGCCCGUGGUCAAUUGGUGGCCCUUGGAUAGUAAUGAUGGGCGUAAUUCUGUUGAAUGGUUUUGGUAUCGGGACUGGCGUCAGGCGGGAAAGCUCCACGGUACACAGAUUGGGAUCCUUCCUAGAGCGGUAUAUGGCAUAUGCGACACUAUUUUUCAUACAUAA